GCUUUCUGAAUGGCUCUUUGCAUCAACUUAUAUAAAGGGAAGCUUCGGGAUCAUGAAUUUAAUAAUGUUUUGUCUAAGAGGACAAUGGACUUCAAGGUGACUCCAGUUCUGGCCUUUGUGCAUCAAGAAUGAAAGGAAAUUUGCCGAACUCCUGUUUUAAGAUUUCUGAAGAAUGGAUGGAGAGCCUUUUACCUCCAAUUUUUUUUCCUCUGGAAACUUCCCUUCCGAAAUUGGCAUUACCUUGGAACAGAAAACUACAUUUGCCUUUGUGCUUUUACUGAUUAUUUUCCUUGGUGCUCUCAUUGUCCGAUGUUUUCGAAUCCUCUUAGACCCUUACAGGACUAUGCCAACUGCCACCUGGACAGAUGGACUUGACGGGUUAGAAAAAGGGCAAUUUGAUUAUGUUUUAGCUUAG